CGGUUACGUUCCCCCCCCCCGCCGCUUCGCCUCCCUCCCAGCGGGGAGAGCCAUGCGGCCGCCCUGCCGCGCCGCAGCCGUGCCGAGCCCUGCCCGCGGGGAGGGCGGCGGUUUGGCGGGGCCGCUUCUCCCCGGGGUGCUCGCCUGCCUCGUGUGGGUCUGCGGGGCCCGGGGCCCGCCGGAGGCGUUGUGCCCCGCUGUGCCGGGCCCGAACGCGUCGCGCCUGGAGCGGAGCUGUGACAGGGAGCGGGCGGCUGCCGGCAUCGGCGCGUGGGGCCUGAGCUCGGGGAGCCUGCUGGAUUCUUUUCCAAUUGAUCCAAUACAAGAAAAUUAUGUCCGUACUGUGAGAAACUGCAUUUUUUCCAUUGUCUAUCCCAUACCUUUUAAAUCCACAGUUCUUCUUGUGGCUGUUUCAGAGGAAGUUAUUGAAGAUAUUUUGGAUCUUCAUAUAUCUGUCAAAGAAACAUCUGAUUUUCUUCAGUUUGUCAGCGGUGAAAAAGUGUUACAUGGGUCUGUUCCAUUGGCCCAUAGGUACGGAGGUCAUCAGUUUGGCAGCUGGGCAGGUCAGCUGGGGGACGGAAGAGCCCACUUGGUUGGAGUGUACACAAACAGGCGUGGUGAGAGGUGGGAACUACAGUUGAAGGGCUCAGGAAAGACCCCAUACUCCCGGAAUGGUGAUGGAAGAGCUGUGCUUCGCUCUUCUGUGCGGGAAUUUCUGUGUAGUGAGGCUAUGCAUUAUCUUGGAAUUCCAACAAGCAGAGCUGCUAGCUUAGUUGUAAGUGACGACGACGUGUGGAGGGACCAGUUUUACAAUGGAAAUAUUAAGAAAGAGAGAGGUGCAGUAGUACUCCGUCUUGCCAAAUCGUGGUUUCGUAUAGGAUCCUUAGAAAUCUUGGCUCAUUCUGGGGAACUGGACUUACUAAGGAGAUUGCUGGACUUUAUCAUCCAGGAACAUUUUCCAUCAAUAGUCCCCAACAAUUCAGAUAGGUAUCUGGAAUUUUUCUCUACAGUCGUAUCAGAGACAGCAAAUUUGAUUGCAUUGUGGAUGUCUGUGGGUUUUGCACAUGGUGUGUGCAAUACAGAUAACUUCAGUUUGUUAUCCAUAACAAUAGAUUAUGGUCCGUUUGGAUUUAUGGACUCCUAUGACCCAAAUUUUGUUCCAAACACGUCUGAUGAUGAAGGGAGGUAUAAGAUAGGAAACCAGGCAAAUGUUGGGCUGUUUAAUCUGAACAAGCUGUUACAAGCACUGAAACCUUUAUUGGAUCCCAGGCAAAAACAGCUAGCUUCCCAGAUUUUGGAAGAGUAUGGUCAAACCUAUUAUGUCCGUUUUACAGAAUUGUUCAAAAGAAAACUGGGGCUUCUUGGAGACAGUGAGGAUGAUAACUAUUUGAUUGCUUUUCUUCUAAAACUCAUGGAAGAUACAAAGGCUGAUUUCACAAUGACAUUUCGACAGCUCAGUGAAAUUACUGCAGACCAAUUAAAGGAGCUCCGUAUUCCUGAGGAGUUCUGGGCCCUGCAGGAUCUGGGAAAACACGGGUUAUUUUCAGAAUGGGUUUCUAUGUACCUCUCACGGUUAGAUGGGAACAAGGGUGAUUCAGACAUCAAGAGAAGAAGAAGAAUGACAACCGUUAAUCCUAGAUACGUGCUUAGGAAUUGGAUGGCAGAAUCAGCAGUGCAGAAAGCUAACCUGAAUGAUUUUUCAGAGGUUCAGCUCCUGCAGCAGGUCUUACAGCAUCCCUUCCAGAGGCAGCAGGCUGCAGAGAAAGCAGGUUAUGCCCUGCGCCCGCCUGCUUGGGCCAGGGGUCUUAAAGUGAGCUGCUCAUCCUGAGGGAAACUUGAACAAGCAGAACAACUGUCGGAGUUCAGGUAGGAGUGAGGAAGCCUUACUCCCUCAUGCAUUGUGGACUGGAAUCUGCUGCUCUGCUAAACAACUUCUUGACCAACUUUAUAAAGUCUAAAGAUUAAAGAAAUGGACCACUAUGUAUGUUUGCAUCAACAAAUUACACUGGUGUUUGUGACCAUCUUGGGAGUGGUUACCCAAAGUACCUUCGCCAGAAUCAGGUGUGUGCUAAGCCUACCUCUCUGUUCUUGUUCUCUGUUCCUCUCUUCUUUCUUUGUAUGAGGGAGAUUAUAGUGCAUGGAUAUAAUGACUCAGGGAAUUUUCACAGGUGGCACAUGAAAAUGGACUUCCUUGCAAGUAUCCUGUUAUGUGUAUUCUCAGGUCCAUAUACCUGUUGUAUUCAGCCUCCUGCUGGUCUGACAAACGUAUUUCCAAGCUGUUACUUAGCAGCAUACGUUGUAACCAGCAGGACUCAUCUUUGUUUUUAGUCCAGUGUCUGUGUUUGACAUUGCAAUUCUAGAUCAUGAAACUAAGUGUAUAAAACAAAAUUAAUAUAUAAGCAAUUGGGUGCAAUGUAAUGCUACAAAGCUGAUAGCAAAAUUUGCUUAUCUGGGGCUUUGUUACUUCUUGAUGCUACCUCAGCUCUUCCCAGUUCCAAAAUGGAUUGUUUUAGAAGAGCCAACUGUCCUAAGUGCUGUUUGCAUCUGAAAUGAAGGCUGUGCUAUGAUUAGCAAUUCAUAAAUCUGUUUCUAUACAAGUAUAAUUAGCCAGGGAAAAAUAUAUUAUUAGAAAUCUUCCACUGGCUAAAAAAAAAAUACACAAAUGUGUUUGCAUCUUAAGUACAGUCAACACAAUUAUUUGGGAUGUUUUUUCUUUGGCUAUAUGCUUGCUCAGCCUGAGUUAACUCCUUUUACAAGCAGUAAGUGCUCUUCUGCAGCAGCUGGGAUGAGCAUUUGAGGCAGCACUGCCCCAGCUAAGAGUAGUGGGCUGGUGGGAGCUCCUGUACAACACUGCUGCAAGUGGUGGCCUUCACAGCCAGAGGGAACACUGCUGCUGAUACCUGUUCUACAGUAAUUUGAAAACAGCAUGUUCUCGUGAAAUGGUAUCUUGACUGUUCUGCUUUCAUAAAAAUCACUGCUGACUGUUGCAGGUAAUCACACUGCCUUAGAGUAUUUUGCAAGACCAUCACAAUUUGUAAGUCUUAGCUAUACUGAAUUUCUUCUGCUCUGCUUGUCUCUCUCAAAGAGAAUGCACGUAUUUCCCAGUUAGUACAAGGCUGUUAAUGGUAACUCAUAAAUAAGAGUUUUGUACUUUUUCACUGAGAGGGCAGUAAGGCACUGGCACUGCUGCCUCGAGGAGCUGUGGGUGUCACAUUCUUGGAAGAG